GAGCUGCACAAGGUUUACAGGAAGUGGAGUCAGUCGUAGCAUGGAGGCAGACUCGCUGCCAGUGAAGUGAGCCCAGUUUGUUUUCACUGAUACCGACAAAACAAGGACUUAAUAGUCAUGGAUACCAUCUCUGCUGGUCUGGCUUAUUGCCUUCUGGCUCUUUCUAUUGCUGUGGUACAAGCGGAGAAUAUCACUACUAUCAGACCUAUAAUACCAACCCCCAGUUCAAACAUGACAAACGGAACAACAAUGGUACCUUCACCUAACUCUACUGUUAUCUCAAAUUUGACCGAAAACACGACUCCUUUCACCAGCACAACCCGAGACAAUGAGACAUUCACAGGAAGUACAGCCGCAACAAAUGAGAGCACAAGUCACCCAUCUCAGGCGACUGCUCUAACAAACACUACAUCACAAAUAACCACGACACCUGGCAAUCACACACCGACACUCACUGCACAGACAACACCAGCAACACAGACCACAGCAGGUAACAUGAGUACACCGACUGCUACAGUAAUUACAACUGCAACCUCAUCACACACCAUCAACACAACGUCAGAUUCAAUGAACAGAACCACACAAGGUUUGCGACUGAACAUUUCAGAAAAGAAUAUGACUAUUGUUUUCAGCGUUGUACUCGGAGUAUUUGCUCUGGCAUUGGUUGGGUUCAUGUUUCACAGAUGCAAACAUAACAUCCAAUACUUGCAUCAACCUCUCAAUAACAUUGAUGACACGGCAGAUGCAUUUGUGGCAGACGAUGACACACUCGUGAUUUCUGGAGGACUUUAUGAUGGCCACCCGAUAUACGACAACGUUCCAGAAGCCCCAGCAGCAGACCGAUCUCAAUUCCGUCUCCAGUUCCUUCAUUAAGGACCGAGUUCCUGCAGCUUUGGUGAUUGAAACUGUUUUCCUCUUCCCCAAAUGAGUAGAGAACUUCAGGACUGACAUUUCACCCAUGAGAAAUGUCAAAAUGAUUCAUAAGAGUCUGACAGCAGAGAGGACAGCCAAAACAAUGAUGGGCAGAACAUUGAAACAAGGACAAUGCUGAUUGAUUUGAACAUCAAUUUUAUUCACUAAGCUGUCAAUACUAGAAUACAGAAAUACAUUAAAUAUAUUAAGAUAGCAACACGUAACUACACUAUUUCUCACAACAACAAUAUAAACUUGUGCAGAUCAAAUCCAUUUCAUGUGAACACCAGUAAAGAUCAGUCUUUACAUACAGCAGAACUACAACAAACUGAUUUUUUCUAACGCACCUAAACGCAUUGAAGGGGACUCUGCGGUCAUUUAAAUGACCUUAUAGCCAAACUUGCUUGAACAGCUGGACAAUGAACACUUUUGAUAACAAGACUGUUUAACUGAUCAACCUAUCUAAUCUUUUGUGCAUGUAAAGAAAUAAAUUGGCCUUUUGUUAUUAAUGA